CUUUUUGUAGUAUGAGCUUUAAGAAACGCAACGCAGACCAACAACCUAAACUUCCUUCUGGUUCUCGCCUAAGCGCUUAUAAUGGUCAACUCUUGAUAUCCACCGGUGUUCCUUCUUUAGACGAUAUUCUCGGUGGUGGUCAACCUGUGGGCACUAUUAUGCUUAUUAAAGAAGACCGCGCCACAACUUAUGCACAACUUUUACUCAAAUAUUUCAUGGCACAAGGCAUUAGUUCAGGCCAUCAUUGUGCUAUUGCUUCCCGAGACGAAGAUCCUGAAGAGAUGCUCAAGACACUCAUGUGGUUAUCCACCUCAGACCGUGACGACGACGAUGAUGAUGAUAAAGUAAAAAAUGCUCGCACAGACGCAGAAAGUGAUCGUAUGAAAAUUGCUUGGAGAUAUUCUCAUUUAAAGCGAUUUGAGACAGGCGUCAAACCCAAACAACCUUCUCCUAUCACUUCUGUCACCAAAGAUCAAAAGCAAACAGAUAAUGCACAAGAGCCUAAACCUUAUUGUAGCCAAUUUGAUCUAACAAAGCGCAUACCAGCCAACAUCUUGGAAGAGGCACAUACAGAAAUCAUGCAAUGGACACAUGAAUUGGACGAAAAAGACGAUCAUGAUGACUAUAGUAUCUUGUUGGAUAAGAUUCGUCAAGUUGUAUUGAACGGCAACUUUAGCUCUGCGAUACCCGUUGCACCAGGUACACCUCGCCAUGCUUUAAGAGUAGCAAUUCAUUCAUUAGCAUCACCUAGUUGGCAAUAUAAGACACCUAAUGAUCUAUAUAAAUUCUUUCAUGCACUUCGAGGUUUGCUUCGUUUUUCAUUUGGUACAGCAAUUGUGACAAUACCUGCUUAUCUUUAUGACGAAGUGCCCAAUGUUAUGAAGCGUAUUGAACAUAUGGUGGAUGCUGUCAUUGAAAUCGAAUCCUUUGCAGGUGAUCCUGUACAUAACGAAGCUGCUUAUACACAGAAUUAUCAUGGUUUCUUCCAUGUACAUAAACUCCCUGUGCUUAACUCGCUCUUGCCUCCCAGUACUAAACUAAGUGUCUUGUCAGCAGGAGGUAGUAAUGAUUUAGGCUUUAAGCUUCGUCGCAAACGAUUCGCUAUUGAGACUUUUCAUCUGCCUCCUGAAGGAGGUGUUGUCACACGUCGCACUGAACCACCAUCAACAUCUGAACCCAAGAAAGAGAGUUCAAAUGGCGCUACUAAAACUGGUUUAUCUUCACUUGCUAGCAAAAAAAAGAUUGGCUGUGGUUCUACGCCCGGAAAAGUAGAUCCGUUAGAAUUCUAAUUAAUAAAACCUGUCUUUUAUUUUUUAUUAAA